AUGAUGGAACCUGCCACGAAGAAGUUAAGGAAGGCUCACGACACCUUCGACAUGCUCGAGUCUGCGGUGGAGCAAACAAACACCAACCGCUACACAGGUCGGCCAUACACAACAAAAUACUUUGAGAUACUCGAAAAACGGCGCGAACUUCCUGUCUGGCAACAGCGGGAGGAGUUCGCGCAGAUGCUCAAUAGGCAUCAAACUCUUGUCCUCGUUGGCGAAACUGGUUCAGGGAAGACGACACAAAUUCCGCAAUUUGUUGUCGAGUCGGGUUUCCUGUCCGGGAAAAUGUGCGUGUGUACACAACCGCGUCGCGUUGCGGCUAUGUCUGUCGCUCGCAGGGUCGCGGAAGAGAUGGAUGUGAAUGCCGGUGAAGAAGUCGGUUAUUCUAUUCGUUUCGAGGAAGCGACAGGCCCUAAGACGUUCCUUAAGUAUUCCACUGACGGUAAGUGGCGAAAGAUUGCCUACAUGUCUGACUUCCCCACAAAGCGACCAAGCACACCAAUUUUUUUCGCUCGUGUUACGGACCUUUCAUAG